AAAAAAGCAUCAUCCUCAUCAUCAUGUGCACUCAGUCACUCAGCAACGUCACCACCAUUCUUCUCUCUCUCUCUCUCUUUUCUCUUCUCUUCAUUCACUGUUACUGCUGAACUUAACCGUUUCUCAACCUCCCAAUGGACCGUCGGCGACGCCGUACCUGGUGUUGCUCCUUCGCCGUGCCACCCUCCAGCCCGGACAACGCUUCCUUCACCAAACCACACCGCCACAAACCCGGCGACGCCCAAUCCAAACCCACCUUCUCCGUCCCAACCUCCCCUCAGAGCUUCAAAUCCAGCGGCUCCCGCAUCGUCGGCCGGAUCGACCCUCGCCGGAUCUUAUCCCCCGGCAGAGUCUCCCCCAUCGAAGACGCCGCUGCCGUUCCAGACCCCUCUCCCGCUCGCGAUUCCGUCACCCGAUCUCGGAGCUUCCGCGCACCCCCCGUCGCACCGCCGACUCCGCCGCCGCCAGUUUCCGUGGAGGGGCUUGACGUGAGGAUGAGCUUGAGAGGGAAAAAUGGUGGGUGCUUGGUUCUGGAGCUGAACUCGGGGAUUCUGUGCGCGAACUCGGAGCUUUUCGCGGGGUUGAUUGCGGAUUACAAGAAGGGGGUUUCUUCUUCGAGUGGUAGUAGUAAAAUGUGUAGGAUUGAGGUGCCUGAAGUUGACAAUUUGGGAGUUUUCAGAGACACCAUUGAGCUCAUGUUUGAAGAUGAUCUUACCCGAAAGCUUCUCAACCUUGGUGUUUAUCGAUCCAUUGAUGUUUUGGAGGUGUCUGCAGGCAUCAUGUUCACCAAGGGUGUCUUGUCCUGUUUAAGAUACCUUGAGGCUGUUCCUUGGACUGAGGAAGAAGAAGAAAAGUUGAGGAGCCUAUUCACGAGGUUUAAGUUUGAUGAUGAAACAACAAGGGACAUUCUAGGAAGGCUUCACUUGCACAAUGCAGUAGAUUCCGAGCCAAACAUAGCCCGGGAACUUGUUACGUCUAUCACCACUUGUGUGGAUGCCAAUGCAAGAAAUGAACUUAAAUCCCUAGUCAAGGGUCUUCUUUGCAAAAGCUCGGUAUAUGAGAAGAACCAUCUUGACCUCAGCAAGGAAGAUUUGUAUUCUGUUUGCCAUUCAUGUCUGGGUUCACUGAUCAGCCUCUUCGAGGAGGCGAAUGAUGCCAUCCAUCCCAAAAGGUUGACAAAGAAAGAGAUGAAGAAACCGCUGAUUGAGCGCGUCUCGAGACAGGUAGAUAACAUCAACUGGUUGUUGGAAAUCAUGCUUGAUAUGCAAAUAGCUGAGGACUUUGUGGAUAUAUGGGCAGAUCAGCACCAACUUCUUCAAAUCCAUGAUAAAGCAUCCCCCAUGGUUAGAUAUGAACUCAGCCGAGUGUCGGCAAUUCUGUUUGUUGCCAUGGCUACUAGAAAGUUACAAUGCCGGUUGGAAGCUAGAUCAGGGCUUCUCCAGGCAUGGUUUAAACCUAUGCUGUUGGACUUCGGUUGGUUGCAGAGAUGCAGAAAAGGGCUUGAUAUAAAAGUGUUGCAAGAGGCAAUGGGUCAGACACUUCUUACUCUACCUCUGAAGCAACAACACAUGCUGUUCAUGGAAUGGUUUCGGCACUUCUCAAGCCAUGGCACCGAGUGUCCAAAUCUAAGCAAGGCUUUCCAAAUUUGGUGGCGCAGAUCGUUUUUAAGAGGCUCUGAGACGUGUGCCAUUGAAUCAAGGUAAAAAAUAGCACUAUUUAUCAUUUUUAGUGUUUGUGUACCGUGUAAAGAGUUGCAAUUAGGUGAUGGAUUCUGAGCUGUGUACACUGAAUAACGUGGUUUGAUAGGUGAUAAACUCCAUAGGUUGUUGUAUUGGCAGCUUCUUAUGCCUAAAUGGUAGUAUCAAAUUUUCUAGGGAAUUUUUUCCUCUUUGUUUAUUUCAUUGUUUUAUGUGCAUCAA